CCGGUCGGGCCCUGCCGAUCAAACAAAGUCCGUCGUUACGUUCUAUUAUGAAUUAAUAACGCCGCUCUUGAAUUUUACCUGCGCAGCUGUGGUUGCAAGAGACUUGGGACUGGUAACACCAGUCUGUAAAUCCAAAUAGUUUUUUUUUUUUUUAAUGACAGAAUUGAAUUUUUUUUUUUUCUUAAUUGUCUAAUCAGAGAGGCGUUGAAACGCUCCUACCUGCCCCUGAGACAAACUCCAGGAAUGACAGCAAGAAAAAUAAUAUCCACAUUGUUAAUGACUUGACGGUUUUGGGUUCAAAGACGUCGGACGAGCUCGGGCUCUUAUAGGGUCGGGACCACCUGAGCGGCCCCCGCCCACCUUUACUUUUACGACACCUCGUUUAAGAUAAGUGAACAAUAACACAUGUAAUUAUUAAAAAAAAAAAAAAAAACGUUCAUUUCAGUUGUAGAUUAUGCGUUACAUUUCUCCAGAAAGUCAAACAAGACAAUUACAGAAAUGCUUUAUUAUUUUAUUUGCAACAUCGUAGAUGGAACAAGUAUGACCUCAUCUAUAUUUACUCUAUGUUUUAACAAGACCUGAAACUAAACUAUCCUUCCGUUUGUUUUCAAAACCGCUUAUCCUGGUUCUUGUCGUGUGGUGCUGGAGCCCCAUCCCGGAUGACUUUGGGUGAAAAGCGGACCACACCUUGAACUGGUCGCCGUCGGCGGCGGCCGAGUGCCGGCGCCAAGGCCUCGGCGGCGUCCUGGUGCCGUUCAAGUGCGACCUGACCAGCGAGGAGGACGUGGCGUCCAUGUUCGCCGCCAUCAAGGCGCAGCACAAGGGCGUGGACGUGUGCGUCAACAACGCGGGCGUGGCCCACCCGCAUCCGCUGCUGAGCGGCGAUACCUCGGCCUGGAGGAACAUGCUGGAUGUCAACGUGCUGGCCUUGUCUAUUUGCUCCAGAGAGGCUUAUCGGUCCAUGAAAGAACGAAAUGUGGACGACGGACACAUUAUCAACAUCAACAGCAUGGGCGGCCACCGUCUGAUCCACAACGCCAACGUGCACUUCUACAGCGCCACCAAGUUUGCGGUGACGGCGCUGACGGAAGGCCUGAGGCGGGAACUGCGGGAGGCGGACACCCACAUCAGAGCCUCGUGCAUUUCUCCCGGUCUCGUGGAGACAGAAUUUUCUCUUCGGCUCAACAACGGCGACGCUAUAAAAGCGGCAGCCGCGUACUCCAGAUAUAAGCCGCUGGAGGCCAAAGACGUCGCCGACGCAGUCACUUACGUCCUCAGCGCCCCAGCGAACGUCCAGAUUGGAGAUGUUCAGAUGCGGCCCGUGGAGCAGUUGAUGUAACCCACCCGCGUUCGUCUCCAGGAAAAAGGUCCUCGUUAUUGCACUCACAUCACACCGUGAAGCUAAACGUUAAUAUCAUUUGCAGUUUGGAAAGAAAAAAUGCAAAAUGUCAAAAAGCGGAUUUGCAAUGACUGCUGAAUAAAAAAAAAAAAAAAAAUCACAGAAAAUGUCAACAUUG